GCUCGCCGACUAUCAUAAACAAAGAAGGUUUUCUUUAGCUCGCCGACUAUCCUAAAACAAAGAAGGUUUUCGAUGAUUGUAAAGAUGUGUUUGCUGACUGGCAGCAUGUGAGAGUCGCAGGAGUGCUGAAAUGACCACAUUGACUUCCUUCCUCCCGUGUCGUAAACAUAUGAGCAGUGUCACAAUGUGCUGACUGAGCUCAGAGCAGCACAAGAAGUUGGAAAGAUGAAGAAAUGUGUCAUCUGCUGCUUGAUACUCGUCUUUAUUUGCUCUUUCCACGUCUUUGCCUUCACAAGUCACAUGUUCAGAAGACAUGGAGGCUUUUCUCUCUCCUCUCACUUCAACUAUGACACUUUCUACUUGGACCAAAAGAUCGAUCAUUUUGGCUUCCAGGAAGACGGCACGUUCAAACAGCGCUACCUCGUGGCCGACAAGCACUGGCGUCAACCGGGCGGUCCCAUUUUGUUUUACACCGGCAACGAGGGCGACAUCUCCUGGUUCUGCAACAACACUGGCUUCAUGUGGGAUGUGGCUGGGGAGAUGCAGGCCAUGUUGGUGUUUGCAGAACAUCGCUACUACGGACAAUCCAUGCCCUUUGGACCGGACUCUUACCGAGACAGCAAACAUCUCAACUACCUGACCUCAGAACAGGCCCUGGCAGAUUUCGCUGUACUGAUCCAGAACCUGAAGUCCAGCAGGCCCGGGGCCCAACACAGCCCGGUCAUCGCCAUCGGAGGUUCUUAUGGAGGCAUGCUGGCCGCCUGGUUGAGGAUGAAAUAUCCUCACGUGGUGGUGGGGGCUUUGGCCUCCUCUGCUCCAAUAUGGCAGUUCUCUGGCAUGGUUCCUUGUGGAAACUUCUACUCAAUAGUCACUCAGGACUUUGCUCAAAGUGGACCAAACUGUCACACCAACAUCCGAGCCUCAUGGAAGGCCAUGGAUCGCAUCUUCUCCACUGCGUGGGGUCCCCAGUGGCUGUCGGAGGAGUUGAGCUUGUGUGCGCCACUCAAGAGCCAGAAGGACUUGGCAGACUUGAAGAGUUGGCUGCAGGAGACCUGGGUCAACCUGGCCAUGGUGGACUAUCCUUACAAAGCCGACUUCCUGCAGCCGCUGCCUCCCUGGCCCAUUCAGGCCGUGUGCAAGCAUCUGCGCCUGGAUUCCACCGCCUCCGACCAGCAGCUGCUGCACGCCGUCUCCCAGGCGGCCAAGGUCUACUACAACUCCACAGGAAGUUCCCCCUGCCUCAACACCUCUCAGACAGCCACCGGCAGCCUGGGCGAGCUGGGCUGGAACUACCAGGCCUGCACCGAGAUGGUGAUGCCCAUGUGCGCCGACGGGGUCCAGGACAUGUUCCAGGCCGAGGAGUGGGACUUCCAGGCUUUCUCUGACGAGUGUCACGCCACCUUUGGCGUGCGGCCGCGAGCCGACUGGGCCGCCAGCGUUUACGGGGGGAAGGACAUCGCCUCGCACAGCAACAUCAUCUUCAGCAACGGCGGCCUGGACCCGUGGUCUUCAGGCGGAGUGACCUUCAACGUGUCCGACUCUCUGGUGUCCAUCAUGAUCCCUGAGGGUGCUCACCACCUGGACCUGCGCCACGCCAACCACCUGGACCCACCCUCCGUGUGCACCGCCCGGGUGUUGGAGCUGGGAUACUUCUGGAGGUGGAUCCAAGAGGCCAAAGCACAUCCACCUCUGGGUGCAGAUGUGGACUUGAAAACAGGAUCUGAUCCCCACAUGAGAUGAGGGAGCAUCAAUCACGGACAAGAGUGGACGUGGGCCAGCCAGGUCCACUGGUGGAACCAGGAGAGCAUCUCCCAGGUGAAAUAUGAAGUGAGCACAGCUCACAUUCUGUCCAUCACACCUAACCUUUUCACAACACAUCAUGAUGGCCUUCUCCUGAGAAGGUCAGCCCACCGCCACGCUGGAGGUGAUUGGAAAGAGCAGGUGAACAUCUUCAGUCCCAAAUAGCAGCCCAGGAUUACAU